AUGAAGUACCUUUUUGCUCUCAGUCUCCUGACCGGGCUCUCGGCAGCCCAAAACGGAGCUUGGUCCCAGUGUGGCGGAGAGAGCUGGACCGGAUCCAAGACUUGUGUCUCUGGCUACAAGUGCACUGUUGUUAACCAAUGGUACAGCCAGUGUGUUCCUGGAUCUGAGGAGCCUACCACGACCCUCAAGACUACCACUCAAGGUGGCACCUCGCCCACUGGUACACCUGAUGGAAAGUUCAUCUACGUUGGCACCAACGAGGCCGGCGGUGAGUUUGGCGAGACCAGCCUGCCUGGCACCUGGGGAAAGCACUUCAUCUUCCCUGAUCCUGCUGCUGUUGAUACCCUCGUCUCUCAGGGCUACAACAGCUUCAGAGUGCAGCUCAGAAUGGAACGAGCAAACCCCAGCUCCAUGACCGGUGCCUUCGACACUGCUUACAUGAAGAACCUCACCAGCAUUGUCAACCACAUCACCGGCAAGGGUGCCUACGCCAUCCUGGACCCCCACAACUAUGGCCGCUACUUCGACAAGAUUAUCACCAACACCGCCGACUUCCAGACCUGGUGGAAGAACUUUGCCACCCAGUUCAAGAGCAACGACCGCGUUGUUUUUGACACUAACAACGAGUACCACACCAUGGACCAGGCCCUUGUCGUCAGCCUGAACCAAGCCGCCAUCGACGGUAUUCGCGCCGCUGGUGCCACCCAGACCAUCUUCGUCGAAGGCAACCAAUGGUCCGGCGCAUGGUCAUGGCCCGACGUGAACGACUCUAUGAAGAGCCUCAAGGACCCUCUUGACAAGAUCGUCUACGAGAUGCACCAGUACCUCGACUCCGACAGCUCCGGCACUUCAGCAACCUGCGUCUCCACGACCAUCGGAGUCGAGCGCCUCAAGGCUGCCACUGAGUGGUUGAGGAAGAACAAGAAGAUCGGCAUAAUCGGCGAGGUCGCUGGUGGCCCCAACGAGACCUGCAAGACCGCUGUCAAGAACAUGCUUGACUACCUCAAGGCCAACUCUGAUGUUUGGAAGGGUGUUGUUUGGUGGGCGGCUGGUCCCUGGUGGGCGGACUAUAUGUUCAGCUUUGAACCUCCCAGCGGCACUGGAUACCAGUACUACAACUCCCUUCUCAAGACCUACAUCUAA